AUGAAACACUUUCGUGUUUUACAAGCUCCAUGGUGGUAUAAAAUAUUUGGUGCAAGUUGGAAGCAGCCAUAUGGUCCAGAUUCUAAUAUUUCAGAAUUAAUGGACCAUCCGGUAACCCAUGUUUCAUGGAAUGAUGCCCGUACAUACUGUUCAUGGAGGGGUGCUCGUUUACCUACAGAGGCAGAAUGGGAAGUUGCAUGUCGUGGAGGACAUAGGGGUACAAAAUACCCAUGGGGUGAUAAGUUAUUCCCAGAUAAAAAGUAUAAGGCAAAUAUAUGGCAAGGCACAUUUCCUCACCACAAUUCACUGAAAGAUGGAUUUGUUGGCACUAAUCCCGUAUAUUUAUUUGCUCAAAAUGAUUAUAGCCUACAUAACAUGGCUGGUAAUGUUUGGGAGUGGACAGAAGAUUCAUGGUCUGAUGAUAAUCCUAAGGAGAAAGUUAAAAAGGGUGGAUCAUAUUUAUGUCACCGUUCCUACUGUUACCGUUAUAGAUGUUCAGCACGAUCACACAACACAGAAGACAGUUCUGCAGGAAAUCUAGGAUUCCGAUGUGCUAAAUCCAAU